AUGACACCACACACAUUAGACCCAAAGCAGACUCUAGAAGCUCUACAGACUUUGUUAGCUGACAGUGGAAAAGAAACCACUAAGUAUGAGGUGGUGGAAAAUAAGCAAAAGGAUGAAACUUUCUUUGAAAAGUCUGAUUUAGGAAUGCAUAGCUCUUGUAGAAACCCCUACCCAUGUUGCUACCGAUCUACUUGUCUCUAUGGGCACUCUGGGCAGCUAUGCACUGUGCUGGGAAAUCGAUGGAUCUUGGCAGAGUUGGAAGGAGCCUUUGUACUAGUCUAUGUGGGCUUACAAGUACUAGGGAAUCAAAGAUACACUUGCAGAAUAUUAUGGAGAGGGGAGAAUCCCAUUCCACUAUCAGAGGUACCAGAUGGCACUAGAAUUCAUUUUGACGCUAUUACUUCUCCCAACUCGGAAAUUUUACAAGCAUUGGUCAUCUGGAUAGAGAGAAAACCUACAGUUUGUGUCGAUACAAAUGACGAGCAUUCAUAUAUGUUCAUUGAUGGGCGAGGUUUAAUUUGUGACUUAAGUUCACUGAGCACAAAUGAUAGAGAUAUCAGAGUCAAGUUUGAUGAUAAUGUAGUUAAUGUAGAAGUUUGUGAUGAUGUUAUUUUUGUGGAUGGAAAUAAGUCAAAGAUGAUGCAUUUGCACAAAGAUAAUUCUAGUCCUGUGUAUGCAACUGUGUUUAAAUUAUUACAAGGAGAUGAAGCUGGUACUCUGAAAUAUGUAUGCACGUGUCUGUGGACUGGACAAAGGCCACCCAUAAAUGCAUUGCCCAUGAAUCUUGAACAAAGAAAAACUUACAGACGAAAAUCUCAUGGCCUUUAUAUACAGUCUAAGUGUAUGUAUACACUAUAUUGUGAUGUGGAUUCUGUGCCAAGCAUCUCAAAAAAUGUAGGCAAACUAACAUUCAGUAUUGAUGGAAUCAAACAAUGGUUGCCAUUCACAAGAGACCAAUUAUAUAGUAUAGUUAAAGGCCAGAGUCCAUCUUUAACCUGCAAAGGAAAUUUAAAAGCACAUAUACUAAAACAAGAGCAUGACAGUGAAGAUGCCAAAUGGACUGUCUUGAUGAUAAAAUCUCAUUCAUCUUCAUUGUGUAUGGUGGAUAAUUCAUGUGGUCGUAUUAAUGAAAAAAGUAACCAUAAAGCUCUUCAGAUAGCAAUGGAUGAAAUUAAUGAAAAUCUGGCAAACAUAGAGGGAAACUUUAAAAAAGAAGUAGUGCACAAAAAUGUAGAAUCUAAUGAACUUAUUAAUGCCAACCAUACACAGGAUGAAAAAAUUGAGAGAGAUAAAAUUAAUAACUCCAAUAGUCAUGUGAGACCACAGCCCAAAAGCACUACCAGCCUUGCUAGUCAAGUGAAACCACUUACCAGCAAUCUUAAUAAUCAAGUGACACCACAAAUAAGUAGCACCACUAGCCUUAAUAGCAAAGUGAAACCACAGACCAGUAAUACCACCAGCCUCAAUAAUCAAGCAAGACCACAGACCAGCAGCACUACCAGCCUUGAUAAUAAAGUGAGACCACAAACCAGUAGCACCAGCAGCCUCAGUAGUCAGUGGAGAUCACAAACUGGUAGCACCAGCAGUCUUUGCAAUAAACUAAGACCACAGACCAGCAGUGCCACUAACCUCAGUAAUCAGCAGGAGUUACAAAAUUAUGUCAAACAUGGAGCACUUGCUACACAACCCACAUUGGAUUGUUUGACAUGCUCAGUGGCCGAAGUUCGAGGUGAUAUGGUUAUCUUAAGAGCUGCAGGGAAGUUCGUACUGGCCACCAAGGAAAACAUUUUCUUUAACCAGGUGAAAAUUACCAAACCCAUAGAUUUAAAAAGUGAGCUGAAGAAAUUUCAGACUGUUGGAACAGUAUUUUAUGAAGUUGAUAGGCCCAUAGAUAUCUGGGGUUAUACAGUUCAACAUGUGGCAGUUUUAGCUUGGGCAGGCAAAAAACCCCCUGACACGCAUAACAUCAUAAGAAAUUGGAACCCUCAAAACCUUUUACUCAAAAAUAAUCAUAACUCAUUGUCUCCAGGUAUACAAGGAAAUGAUUCAACAAAAGAAAAAAUAUUUGAUGCUAGCUGUUGCAUUAUUGAAAUUGUGCUGGACACUGCCAUACUUGUGGUACGUAGCAAAUAUCUAGAAGGUGGUACUAGAAAGAUGGUGAUUAAUAUCUCCAACUUGUUUAUAGAUGGAUUUCCAGUUACAAAAAAACAGCUUAAAUCCUUACCCUCAGAUAACUUGUGGCACUGUCUAGUUCAGCAAGGUUCUCUAUGUAAAGAAAGGGAUAAACAAUCCGAGUUUGUAGUAACUCUAGCUUGGCAGGGGAAAAAACCAAAUUCUUACUCCUCACAAAUAAAAGAAACCCGGCCUUGCAACUCCAGUAACACAAACAAAAUCUGUACUUUAGUGAAGCCACAGACUAAAAGCACUAGUAACUCAGUCAAGCCAGACAACAGUAUUACUGGCAACCUUACAAGUCAAAAGAAACCACAGAACACUAAUAUCUGCACCCUUACUAAUAAAGUGGGAUCACAGCCAAAUAGCAUCAGCAAACUUACAAAUAAAGUUACAUUACCAAGUAAUGACAACAAUCCCAAGGUUGCUAACCAACGAGAAUUAGAGUAUUUAACAUGCUCAUUAGUGGAAGUUGAAACAGCUGCUGUUAUACUCAGAGCAACAGGAAAAUUUAUACUGCUUCAAAAUAAAGACCUUUUUAUAAAUGAGGAGAGAGUUUCUGAUUCAAGAAAUAUUAAAAGUAUGCUGAAAAAGUUUUCAAAUAUUGGUGCAAUAAUUUAUGAGGCCAAUAUUUCCAUGGAGCUCUAUGGAUAUAAUAUCAAGCAUGUGGCAGUUGUGGGUUGGGCAGGUAAAAAACCUCUUGAUGCAGAGAAUAUUGUCAAGACUUGGAAAUCUAAACCAUUUGUGCUGUGGAAAGGUAAGACUGAAUCCCAGUCUUCAAAAAUACAUAAACAAAAUGCUCCUCACAAGGACGAAAUACUCGAAACCAGCUGUAAAAUUAUUAAAGUCAACCAAACCACUGGAAUUCUUAAAAUAUAUAGCAAGUUUUUGGAAAAUGGCAUGGGAGAAGCUGAAGUUAGUAUCUCUUCCAUGUAUAAAGAUGGACAGAGAGUUAGCAGGGAACAGCUAGGACAGCUGUCUUUAUAUUUUUGGAAUUGUAUUGUUCAGAAACGUUCCCUGUGCAAAAUGAAGAAGGGACAGCCUGAGUUUAUAGCGACUUUAGCGUGGCAAGGAAAAAAGCCAAGUUUUUAUCCAGUGUCCAAAGAUAAACACCAACAUUCCAUUAGCAAGGACAACCUUGGCAGUGGAAUGUGGCCACAAACAAAGAGUACCCACAGCCUAACUAGUCAGCUCAGGCCUCAGGCCAGUAGCCCCAGCAGCCUCAGUAGUCAAGGGAGGUCACAGACCAGCAGUGAAGUGAGACCACAGAUCAGUAGCACCAGCAGCCUCAGUAGUCAAAGAAGGCCACAAACCAAUAGCACCAGUAGCCUCUAUAGUGAAGCAAGGCCACAAACCAGUAGCACCAGCAGUCUCAGUAGUGAAACAAGACCAGUAGCUGGUAGUACUGGCAAUCUCAUUGGAGAGUCUGAGCAACAGGCUAGCACAAAGAGAAAAAGAUGCAGAAGUAGAGGUAAGAAGAAUAAACCCUUGCCUGAAAAAAAUAUUACCACUGAAAUUACUUCAUUGAGAGAAUCAAAAUCCAUUUACAAGGGGAAAAUUACAGAUCUUCAUCCACUACUUGGUCAAAUACAGACAGAAAGGGGUACCCUUUACUUCCCUCGGGACAACUGUUACCUGUAUGGGCUACGUCUGCACUGUGUGGAACUCUGGCAUGUUCUCACUAUAGGUAUAGAGGCAGAAUACGAGAUUGGGACAAGCGUCUGGGGAGUAUCUCGUGUAUGGAUUGGGGGACGGGACCAACCACCACCUGCUACCCUUAAAUCCUUGCUGACCUGUUGGUGUAAGAAAUUCAGUGUUCCUGGGGCUGCUACAAAUAUUCUACUACAGCAAGCAGACUUAUCAUCUCCGAGUUUGUUCCCAACAAUUGGAAAUGAUGAAGGCAUGGAGACUGUAGAGAUAAUACAAGACCCAAGCUAGCACGAGGAUAAGGAUAUAGGCAUGAACGGCCAGCAGUAUCUGAAAAAUGGAGCAAGUGGUAGGCCACUAAUGGAUGUGCCAAGUGUACCCAACAUUCUGCAUGUCUUGCUGUUCAGUUCCCUUCCCCGUAGCGGCUCCACUGUGGUUGCAGAACUCCUUGCCACACAUCCUAAUUCCGUCCUUUUCUUCGAGCCCCUCUCAAGCCAAAAGAAAAAUCCUUGUGCUAGAGACGGGUCAUGUGUCGCAAGCUUUUUAACACGCCUCUUUAAGUGUACAUUUGAUCAAAACUUUGAAAAUUGGCUUAAAGGAAAAGGUCUCUUUCUUAAAUAUUUUAACCCUACCACAAGGCAGUGUAUCGAGAGACCAUGGGAAGGAGGAAGUGCCUGUAGACAUAAGCUACAUUUAAAUGUUAUGUGCAAAAAUGCCAGUGUCAGAAUAGUUAAAGUGAUAAGAUCCCGAUUGCCAUGGCUGGUAAACCUCUUAAACAACACCUCUCUCAAUGUAAAGAUAAUUCAUUUGAUUCGUGAUCCUAGAGGAUCAUUAAACUCUAUGCAGAGACUAAACUGGAACAGCAAGCCCUCCUUGAGGUGUGGUAACCUUGAAGAUGACAUGCGUGAGUACAACAAAUUGCUGAAAAAGUACCCAACUAAAGUAAAGAUGAUAAAUCUAGAGAUGUUUUCUGUCGAUCCGUACAGCACAACAAGUGAUAUUCAUAAGUUUCUGUAUGGCAGUCCAGGUCUUGAAGAAAGAACCUUGCAGUACCUGAAGGAGCACACCAGAGCUCGUAAGACACUGUUCUUUGUUGAUAAUAUGGAUACCCACAAGAACAGCAGUAGGGAGUAUCAGGCAUGGCGGUGGAGGAUCACAAGCCAGUUACUGAGGGAAACUGAAGAGGAACUUGCUUGUAGCUAUGUUAUCAAUGAGCUGGGACAUGCUAUGUUUGGAUCACUCCACAAUGCCAGAAACUUAACUCUGCCGCUUGACAAAAGGCACAAACAGUAUUAAUAAGUAGCUCAGUGGCAUGUAGUUACCAAUACAGUAAUGAUAAUAUAAAACACAACCUGAAGGGGUCAUACCUAGCUACCAAAAAUUAAGAGGCUUCAGGUUUUUAUAUUAAAUGUAAGUUUUUUAAACUUUUUUUUCCUCUCAAACAUUUGAAAAAAAAUUCACAAAAUAAUGUAAUAGUCAUGCUAGUCUAAUCCUAGGACUAGAUGCCACUGAUUAAUUAGCAUGCACAUUUGCACAUGUUGAAUGCUUGUAAUAAAAUUGUUUUAAGAGUUUAUUUUAAAUAAAGUAUUGAUAAAAAUAAAAUA